AUGCCUAAAGGAAAUUAUUGGGAAGCGGUACGAAUCUUGGAUGAAAAAAUAAUAAACAGUAUUUCCCAUUAUUUUGUUCAGUGGAAAGGCGUGGACCAGAACGGUGACCCAUGGAAGCCGAGUUGGGAACCAGAGAAAAACUGCACACAAGCUUUAAUAGAAGAUUGGAAAAAUGUAAAAAACAGGAAAGAAAAUUUUACAAAGGAUACCCGGCAAGAUUGCCGAAGGUCUUCCGUAGCUUCAUCUAUGACUAUUUCAUCUGAAGAUGAACCUAAAGCAUUAGAACAAAUUUUGAUGAAUGAGACUGACGGUCGAUUGCAAAACUGCAAUAGUAUUCCUUCAAAUAUGUCUCCAAUAGACCCAGAAACACCUAGUGAAACAUCUACUAUUAUCGGUGAUGAUGAAACUUCCAAUCCUCAACCAAAUAGAGAAGCGCAAAACACAUCUAGUGUGUUUGCUAAUAUUAAAUUAAUUUCACCUUCUGCAACAAAACGGCCUAUGAGUGAUAGUGAAAGUUUUAUUGAUUAUAUUGAAAAGGAUGAAAAUAACUUUAGUGUUAAAAAGUUACGGACUGGUAAAAUUUCCCGUGAUUAUGAAAGUAUUGAUGAAUUAGAAAAACAAUUUUUUUCAUCGAAGCAACCAAAGGCAGCACUUGAAACACCUCCUCCUACAACUCCAUCUUCGGUAAAAGACCAUCUUUCAGAUUCAGAAUCUAUAAUUUCUGAUAGUGAAAAUGAGACAUAUAAAAUUGAAGACAGGAAAACUAAUUGUCUAGCUACAACUCAUAAUCAAGACACUAAUUCAAUGGAUUUAUCAUAUUUGAUGAAUCAACCAUCUGUUAGAAAUGAAACAAUUGCUACCAUACUUCAAGAAAGAGAAUACUAUCAUAAGGCUGUUAUGCGAAUUGAAAAUGAUUGGAAAAAUCAACAAGCAAAAAAUGAAAAAUUAACCCAAGAAAAUAACCAAACUCAGAAAGAGUUGAAUGACAAACAAAUUGAGCUUUCAAAUGCUCGUUUACAAUUACAACAGCUUCAAGAACAAUUAGCUUGCAUGGAAGUAUCAUGUAAUAAAAAAGAUGAAAAAGCAAGAGAUUUGGAAUUGGAGCUGGAAAAUAUAAAAAAACAAUUUGAUUCUAGGCACAAAAGGAAUGUCAAAACUUUACGUAUUGAGAACGAAAAGUUACGUUCUCAAAUUAAAAUGAUGAGCCUUAAAUGUGAGCUUCAACAACAAAGUACUAAAAUAAUAGAAGAAGCAGCUAUAAAGCAUGAAUCUACUGUGCGAUUUCUGCUUAAACAAAUGAACAUGGAAUAA